AUGACGUUGGUGACAACCCGCCGCAUACUCAAUGAUUUGAGUGAUUGUGAAAUCACAGAGAAAGAUUGUGCUGCUCUGACUUCAGCUCUGAGAUCAAACCCCUCACAACUGAGAGAACUGAAUCUAGAUAAUAGAAACCUACGAGAUCCGGGUGUGAAGCUUCUCUCUGUUGUACUGGAGGAUCCUGACUGUAAACUGGAGAAACUCUGGUUGAGGUAUUGUGGAGUCACAGAUGAAGGUUUUGCUGCUCUGACUUCAGCUCUGAGAUCAAACCCCUCACACCUGAGACUACUGGAUCUGUCUGUGAAUAAACUAGGAGAUUCAGUUCCUCUGCUCUCUGCUGUACUGGAGGAUCCUCACUGUAAACUGGAGAAUCUGGGGUUGAGGUAUUGUGGAGUCACAGAUGAAGGUUUUGCUGCUCUGACUUCAGCUCUGAGAUCAAACCCCUCACAACUGAGACUACUGGAUCUGACUGGGAAUAAACUAGGAGAUUCAGUUCCUCUGCUCUCUGCUGUACUGGAGGAUCCUCACUGUAAACUGGAGAAUCUGUGGUUGAGUUAUUGUGGAGUCACAGAUGAAGGUUUUGCUGCUCUGACUUCAGCUCUGAGAUCAAACCCCUCACACCUGAGACUACUGGAUCUGACUGGGAAUAAACUAGGAGAUUCAGUUCCUCUGCUCUCUGCUGUACUGGAGGAUCCUCACUGUAAACUGGAGAAACUGUGGUUGAGGGAUUGUGGAGUCACAGAUGAAGGUUUUGCUGCUCUGACUUUAGCUCUGAGAUCAAACCCCUCACACCUGAGACUACUGGAUCUGACUGGGAAUAAACUAGGAGAUUCAGACAUCAAGCUUCUCUCUGAUCUAAAGAAUGAUCCACAUUAUAAACUGGAGACACUAUUAUGGUGAAUAAGGAGCCGCUACAGAGACGUCACAGUCACACAGACUGAAGACACAGAGACGUCACAGCGAUCUCACUUUCGUGUGUGUGUGUGUGUGUGUGACUUCACAGCAGUUUCUUGUUUGGAUCUUUUUGUGGGUCUGAAUUUUUUUUUUUUAAUCACAGAUGACAUCAGAUUUCCACAAUGAUCUAAUAGAGGAUUUGAACUCACUAAUAAAUAAUGUAAGAUUCUUCUAUUUGUGAUGAACCAUGAAAACUGCUGAAGACGCAUCUUUUUGUAGACUAAACUGGG